AUGGGGGAGCUGGAGCUCAAGCUAGACUUCGAGCACUUCCCAGGGCGGUCGUUCACGCUGCUCCUGUUCAAGGACGUCUCCAAUGCCAGUGAGCUCGACGCUGCGAUCAAGUCGGGGUCGCUGAAGACGGAGAUGGCCAUCAUGAACGCGGCGAUGAUCGGAGACGCGUUCGUCGCGCACCUCGCCGCCUUCCAGGCGCUCGUUGCCAGCAGCCGAGAGAAGCUGCGGACGCGCACGCUGCACGCCGAGGUUGUUUUCUACAUCGCCGCAUCGAAGCAGAUAUCCGAGAGCUUCAGGCGGUUCGGCGUGUCCGACAAGGCCAAGCACGUCCUCGUCGGCAUCUUCGACGCCUCGCCGGAUGCCGUGAAGGCCGCGAAAGACGCGGUGAAGGGCACGCAAGUGUCUGUGGACCAGCUCCCGACGCUGAUGGACCGCGACGCCCUCGUCAAGCACCACGGCAUCGAGGAUGCCGAGCAGGAGCUCUCGAGCCUCGUCGAGUGCGUCGUCGGGCGUGUGGGCGGCAGGGUCACCGCGUGA